GCUCACGUGAGGGCGACCCGGCUUGGGGCUGGAACUGUGCUCUGGUGGCUGAGACGGCAUUCUGGCGGCGGCGGCCUGAGUCCGCACAGGCCAGUGGACGACAUCGUCAACAGCUACGUCCGCUGGACUGGAGGGCGGCAGCUUCGACCACCCCGGGCCGCGGAGUUUGAACCGGCCCGUUCACGGAGCUCGGUGAGCCACGCGGGACUGACUUACCAUCACCCGGUGGGGUAUCGCCUCUGCGCAGAGGGAGAAGGGGAGGGAAGAGACUGCAGCCCUAAGAUUUUUGCCUCCAUCACAGUGAGGAGGUGCUUGGUGGACUCACUGUGGUGGAUGUUAAUUUGUGUUUACUGUCUGUUCUGUUGUUUAUUAUUGUAGUUAUGUGUGGGUAACGACAUUUCGUUCAGACCGUGAGGUCUGAAUGACAAAUAAAGGAUCUAAUCUAAUCUAAUGUAAUCUAAUCUAAAAGCACAAUUUCACACACAGCUGUUGAUCUUUCACCUGCAUCAUUUGGUCUUAAUAAUUACAGGAACCUAGCUCCUCGUUAAUGAAGGCCGCCAACCAAAAGGAUCUGAAUUUGCAAAACUUGGCUAUAUUGGUAUUUUUUUAAUUUUAGAGUUGGUGUGAAGCAAUAAUUCAAAAUCUAACUGUCUGAUACAUUAAAGACUUCCUGUUAAAACCAGACAAUUAGCCGUUUGGUAUUUAACAGGAAAUACAAUCUGAGUUAAACCAUACUAACAAAUCUACGUGUGUAUUAUUUAACUAAUUUUAAUAGCAAACAUUAGUUUUCAAUUACUAACAUUUUAGUGUUUGCGAGUCUUAUCCAUCUUCACUAACAGAAUUGCCUUUCCACUAUUUUCUGGAGCACAACAUUUUGCAGCUUUUGUUAUCCCAUCCAACAGGCAACAACCAUGUCAGGAAGCAUUGAGUCUGAAUGAUGAAAACAGCCCGGCACAUAGGCCACUGGGAAGGCAAUCAAGCUUCCAAGAGAAGAAUGCUGUCAGGGCACAUUACACCCAAGUUGCUCGUAGUAAUACUUUACCGUCAGAUGGCGUGAGAUCAAAGUCAUUUGCUAUUAGGAAGAUCAAGCAGGAAAUGAAAGAGAUUAUGUCACCAACACCAGUGGAGUUGCACAAGGUAACACUAUAUAAAGAUUCAGACAUUCAGGAUUUUGGAUUCAGUGUUUCAGAUGGCCUGCUGGAGAAAGGUGUGUAUGUCAACAACAUUCGGCCAAAUGGACCAGCUGCCCCUGGUGGUGUUCAGCCCUAUGACAGGUUAUUACAGGUAAAUCAUAUUCGUACCAGAGAUUUUGACUGCUGCCUGGUAGUGCCACUAAUUGCAGAUUCAGGCAAUAAACUUGAAUUGGUCAUCAGCAGAAACCCAUUAGCCUUCCAGGAGGUGCUCUCUGAAGAUCAGACGUCACAACCAGAAGAAUGGAAUUAGCAGAAUGAAGCUCAUACUUAUAGGCAACAGAAAGCAAAGCUUGGUAGUACAGAGAUCCAAGAAAAUACUAAGUUGUAGUGCCAGCUAUUCAAUCCAAUGGACAGACGUUUUGUUCCCCAAUGGUGCUAACUCAUUUUGAACAAUGUUCAUUCAUGGGAAAACCCUCCUUAUCAACUAUUUGCAUUUUUCACAGAUACCAAGUGCACACAUUUCAUGAAUGAAUGGAAACUUGUUCCCUUCUCACAUUGCAAAUGACAAAAGGUUAACAGGUUUGACAGUCUAUGCAGGGCACAGCCAUGAAACAAACUCAUUGCAAAGAGUGUUUUAACCACCUCAUGGUACUUACGGACCAAAUUCUAAUUUUUUAAAUGAUGAACUGCAAUGCUGCCAGCUGGUUCCUGGGCAAUAAAAAAAAUUAGCAUGUUUGAAAACACAGAUUGACCAUUUAAAAAUCAUAUACAGAAACAACUGUAAAACUUAGUAAAAUACCACCCCAACCCAAACACCACAGGUGACCUUCUCUGUGCUGGGAAUUUACAACCUCACCUUUUGCCAUGAAGAUUCUGAUAUUGACAUAGAGAUUGUAACUGAUGAGAUGUAUCUGCCAUGUGGAUUACUUAGUCUUAAAUCCCAUUCCUUUUACACACGUCAUCCUGAACCUGCUCCUUUGUGUAUUCCGUCUUCACAUUUUAUAGCCCAUUAUUGGGUUUGGUAACUAGUUAAGGAACGCAUUUGUAUUUGUAAAUGAUUGACUUUAUAAAUCAGUAUAACUGAAAUUUGAAUUUUACUUUGAUGUGUAUGAACUUAAGGCUGGUUAAAUAUCUUAGUAUUAUUGUUGCUUGUGCCUCACUCCUAAUAAUGGAUUGAAACAUAGGGGUGGUAGAUUCUAACAUUCUGACGAUAGUGGAGUGACUAACAGAAAAAAGAUAUUAGUGUCUGCAGUAAAACUCCAAUAAUCCACUUGCUACACAGCCUUUCGGAAAAUUCAUUUGUUUGGCAACUAUCUAACCAGGUGAUGUUUGUCUCAUUCCUUGUGGACUCACUAGGGCCUUGGUUUCUGUAAUCCCUUUAAGCUCACCCAAGUUCUGUUUACCACACUCCUUUCAAAACAUUCCAGGCUCACUGAAAUUAUAUUGUGUAACAUCUUUAAAAACAAAGGAACUGCAGGUGCUGGUUUGCAACAUAAGACAAAGUGCUGGAGUAACUGAGCGGGUCAGGGAGCAUCUCUAGAGAACAUGGAUUCCGUUUCAGCUUGUAACCCUUCUCCAUACUGACACGUUAGAGUAAAUAAAUUAAUAUCCAAUCUGUAAAAUUUGCUAGAUCAGGGCCAUUCAAUAUCCCUGAGUAUGUCAGAUUAAUGGAGUUUCAGAUUCAGAUUCAAUUUUAAUUGUCAUUGUCAGUGUACAGUACGGAGACAACAAAAUGCAUUUAGCAUCUCCCUGGAAGAGCGACAUAGCAAAUGAUUUGAAUAAAUAAUAAUAAGUGUCCGGGGGGGGUGGUGAUUGGCAGUCACCGAGGUACGUUGUUGAGUAGAGUGACAGCCGCCGGGAAGAAGCUGUUCCACGACCUGCUGGUUCGGCAACGGAGAGACCUGUAGCGCCUCCCGGAUGGUAGGAGGGUAAACAGUCCAUGGUUGGGGUGAGAGCAGUCCUUGGCGAUGCUGAGCGUCCUCCGUAGACAACGCUUGCUUUGGACAGACUCAAUGGAGGGGAGCGAGGAACCGGUGAUGCGUUGGGCAAUUUUCACCACCCUCUGCAAUGCCUUCUGGUCGGAGACAGAGCAGUUGCCAUACCAUACUGUGAUGCAGUUGGUAAGGAUGCUCUCGAUGGUGCAGCGGUAGAAGUUCACCAGGAUCUGAGGAGACAGAUGGACCUUCUUCAGUCUCCUCAGGAAGAAGAGACGCUGAUGAGCCUUCUUGAUCAGAGUAGAGGUAGAGCAGAGUUUUACUUUAUAUAUCUGUUUAUUUAUACUAUAUCUGCUUCUGGUCAUAUUCCGCCUCGAUGAAUGUUAAAACCUACUCUCUUAUUUGAAAAUCAAGGAAAUAUCUCCACCCUCCUUUGAGCCAUUAACUGUACAACUACCACACUUGUAAUGUUACAUUUCCCAGCCUAAAUCCAUGAUGCAUAUUUGAAAAGAAAACCACUGCCAGCAACACGAAUACAGACAGCUACAACCUAGAUAUGAGAUUUGAUUCAUGUCCUUUGGACAAUGUAUUUUUAUUUGUAACAAACAAGUAU